AUGAAAGGCCUAGCCAAACCAAACACUCCCCUCCACGUCUCAGCCGCAGACCCAAGUCUAAUCCUAACCACAUCGCGCGCCCGCCACCUAACCCAAGCCACCUCAGCCGCCCUCCGCAAACACUUUGGUAUCGGCGCCCAUGGCCCAGGAAAAGAUGUGUGCUCCGUCAUCUCAACAGGCCACUACCUCCUGCCCGUGCUCGCGUAUGGAAUCAUCGGUGCAGGCGGUAUCUUCUCCGCUGCCUCCGCGGCAAGCACAGCCAGCGAACUAGCCAAGCAACUACAAGGUGCCAGCUCGAAGAUCCUUGUUACCUGUCAAGCUACCCUGGAGACUACGAUUAGGGCUGCAGAGGACGCUGGGUGGGGUCGGGGUGGAGGCGGGCGCGUACUGCUUAUGAGUGAGGGGAGGGAAUGGACGUUGAAGAUUGUUGGUCAAGAUGGGAGGCCGGGGAAGGACAUCGUUGAUGAAGGAGAUUUACUGCCGUGGACGCGGAUCACGGAUAGCAAAGAGCUGGACGAGAGUCUGAUAGUGCUGAUUUAUAGCUCCGGGACGACUGGGCUACCCAAGGGAGUAAAGCUUUCACACCGGAAUAUGGUGAGCCAGACUGUUAGUACGGGGGAUAUGAUGAAAGCGUGGGUGAAAGAGAAAAGGCUGGACUUUGAAUACCGCACAAUCGCCCCCGGCGUACAAGGCUACCUCAUAAACCCCUUCUACCUGGCCGGAACCGUAUACUGGAUGCCCCGCUUCGACUUCCCAUCCUUCCUCACCUACAACGCCCGCUACCACAUAACAUUCUUCUUCACCGUUCCCCCCAUCCUUUUGCUAAUCGCCAAAAGUCCCCUAGCAACCACGCAAUUCGCAUCCCUAGAAUUCUGUGUCUCGGGUGCCGCGCCACUAGGAAGAGAUCUCCAGUAUGCAGCUAGUCAGAAACUUGGUGGGGAAGAGUGUUUUGUGGAUCAGACCUGGGGCUUGAGUGAGACGACGGGGAGUGCGACGAUUAUGACGCCUGGGAGAAGGGAUGAUACGGGGAGUGUGGCUAUGUUGUUGCCGAAUAUGCGGGCUAGGCUUGUUGAUGAUGAGGGAGGAGAUGUGGAAGAGGGGAUGGCUGGGGAGGUGCUGGUGAAGGGGCCGGUGGUGUGUAAGGGGUAUUAUCGGAACGAAGCCGCCGACAAAGAGGCUUUCACCCACGAUGGCUGGUUUCAUACGGGUGAUAUCGCGGAGUUUAGGGAUGGGAUGUUUUAUAUCGUUGACAGGAAGAAGGAGUUGAUUAAGUACAAGGGGCUACAGGUUGCGCCGGCGGAGUUGGAAGCCGUGCUGCUCAGUCAUCCGCUGGUUCUGGAUGCUGCAGUUAUUGGGGUGCUGACAGACGAUGGGACGAAUGAGGUGCCGAGAGCAUACGUUGUCGCUGACAAGAGUAAGAUUGGGUCGGAAGAGAUUGUUGAAUUCGUCAAGGGCAAGGUUGCUGGGCAUAAACAGUUAAGGGGAGGUCAACAAAACCAAAGGAUCCAGGACAUCCUCCCAACCCUCCAGAACGAGGCAGAUCAAAUCGACCAGAUUGCAAAGACAAGAGGAUGGUUCCGUCCAAAAGAAGACAGCGCGUACUACCCAUUGAUUCAAGACUACCUCGAUGAGAAGAUCGACGUGAAAGAAGCGACGGCGCGCAUCCUCGGACCGAUUGAUGAAAAGAUCAAGGAGGCCAAACUCGACGAUGUCGACUUCAUGGACCUAUGGACCAGCAUCAUUCACUCAGCAAGACGAUCAACAUUCCGCGACGGCGCCCGAACACAGCACCACCAACUCAUCGAGUUACUCGCCGCAUUCAAGGAGCACUCAAUACCGGACAACAAGGAGUAUGACUACCUCUACAAGGAGAUGACCGACUUUGGCAUGGCCUGUCGUGAGGCCUUCAACGACGCGCCAGCCGCUCACGAAGGCUUCAUCGAGACGGAGGUGCAAGCUUGGACGAACAUGAACUACUUCUUCGCCUUUGUCGCAAGGGAACAUAUCUACGAUCUCUCCAUGUACGCCAUCUUCGCGCUACGGGAAGCUCUCGAGACACCUCCCAUCGAUGAACCGAUGUCGACGGCCAACCAAAAGUACGACGCAAACGUUCCCGCAGCUGCAGCUUGGAUAAUAGCCUACGGCCACGACCUCUUCCGCAUGGAAAAAGAUCUCACGCCCACCGAUAAAAAGCAAGGCAACCCAGGACGCGGCGGCGAACUCUGGAAGGGCAAAAGCGAGUUCAGCAAAGAAAGAUGGGCGCUCUGGAAAGAACGGUUCGCGGCGAUCGCGGAGAUGGAGGGGGUCAAGGAACGAACGAGGCUCGAUGCCAAAGAUGCGAUAGAAGGCAUGGAGAGGAGCCAGACGUAUGAGCUCAUGAGGUAA